AUGGGGAGGAGGAUAUUGAACGAUGCGUUGAGGACGAUUGUGAAUGCGGAGAAACGAGGGAAAGCUUCGGUGGAAUUGAAGCCUGUCUCUACUGUAAUGUCUUCGUUUCUCAGAAUCAUGAAAGAAAAAGGUUACAUCAAGAAUUUUCAAGUGUAUGAUCCACACAGAGUAGGAAGAAUAACUGUUGAUCUGCAAGGAAGGGUUAAUGAUUGCAAAGCUCUCACUUACAGGCAAGACGUCAAGGCAAAAGAGAUCGGGCAGUACACAGAACGCACACUUCCAACACGCCAGUGGGGUUAUGUUGUCAUUACAACUCCUGAUGGCAUUUUGGAUCAUGAAGAAGCUAUUAAAAGGAAUGUGGGUGGUCAGGUUCUUGGUUUCUUCUAUUGA